UUCAAAACGGUGGAAGCCGUGCAAACCGGGCAUGAGUGAGUCCUCUCUCUGUACUGCAGCGACUCUCUGUGUGCUUUUCCCAAAGUGUGCUGAGCAACGCUGCGCGUCAAAACAUUGCGUCUCUGCAGAAGCGCCCGGACCUCAGCUGGCGUGGACGGGAAUGCCAAAGCGCGUUUAGGAGUGGAAGUGGCACGAGGAACACGAGGAGGCUGCGACGUUGUGUGGGCUACGUGGAGAUCAGAUCUUUCUUCCCUUUAAAGGUGUGUGCCUCCCAACCCACCGCCCACCACGGCCCUCACCUGUGUGUUGCGGUGCUUCCCCUGUGAGCCGACCUGGGCUGGCAGUCCCUUCUUGCACCGCCCGCCAACUCCGCCCAUGGUCAGAAUGACGCGCUCCAAGACCUUCCAGGCCUACCUGCCGAGCUGCCACAGGACCUACAGCUGCAUCCACUGCAGAGCUCACCUGGCCAACCAUGAUGAGCUAAUCUCCAAGUCGUUCCAGGGCAGUCAGGGCAGAGCCUACCUGUUCAACUCAGUGGUGAACGUCGGGUGUGGCCCCGCGGAGGAGAGAGUUCUGCUCACGGGUCUGCAUGCUGUUGCAGAUAUCUACUGUGAGAACUGCAAGACCACCCUGGGCUGGAAAUAUGAACAUGCCUUUGAAAGCAGUCAGAAAUACAAAGAGGGCAAAUUCAUCAUCGAGCUGGCCCACAUGAUAAAGGACAAUGGCUGGGACUGAAGGACACCGCUGGAACGUGACCGCACUGGGGGAGGUUGGGUAGCUGGAUGGACUUAUCUAGACAUGAGGGGCGUGUUUGGGUUCAGGGCAGUCUUCUGUGGUGGGUGAGUGUAUGGCUUUGGUUUGGCUGAUUUACCAUUAACCUCCGUAACUCUCUUGGCCAUCCCUCCCUUCACGUCUCUUGAUGUCCACACUGACAGUUUUCAGACAUCCCGGCUUGACAGAGAGACAGACUAGGCAGGCUAAUGAGCAGCUAGCAGGACUAGGUGACUGGCCAGCUAUGGUCAUUGUUAUUUUCUGUGCUCUUUCAUUUGAAAAAAUUGUUGGAAGGCACCUUUGUUGUUUGGAGAAUGCUACCAUGUCCAACAUUGUUUCAAGUUAAAACCAGUUAACGAGUCAUUCAGCAAGUAGGAGGCCGGUUGGCCCGGGCUGUCAGGGUUUAUUGGCCAUAGCCAAGGUUAACAAGGAUUCAGUCUGUCUUCAGUGCAAAUGAGGUGACCUGAGAUGAUUAUAGCAAAUCUAGUUGAUGAGGGCCAUGCCAGCUAGGCCAGUGAUGAGGCCUGGUACUGCAGCUUGGCAUGGAGGCCUGAGCACAUGGGCAACAGGGUUAUGGAGUGCGGUUCUUUUCAAGGCAAUUGUCCUACUCUAGACUGCUCAAAGAUGGGAUCCAAUUCAUGAUUUUGUUAUACAGCUCAGGGCAGGUGGAGUGAUAGCUGGGAGUGAAACAGAGAAGCACCCAGCUUGUCCAAAAACCUCUGAGGAAUUUGCUCUCACACCAACAAAGUAGGUCCCCUGGGUUGUACCCAUUCUUCGAUACAGUGAGUCGUGUAAUGUGAUCUACCGGUCCAGUCCGCAUAUCACUGAUCUCUGUGUUCACCUUUGUUAUGUGGCGAGAUGGAAUUACACAAAAUAAGUGAGUCUGUGGUGAAAAACUUUGGCUGGUAUUCCCAAAGGUAUUGUUACCUGUCUGCUGUUACAGGUCAGUAAGUGAGGGUGAGGAUCUGCAGGAUUGGAGCAGCGGCCGUAAAGCACAACACCCGCUCUCGGAUCCAAGCAGACUGGUGUGAAAAAAACAACAGCAACUACUGAACACAUGGUGAAACCAAAAACAAAAUAUAGAUUAAUUAUGUCAUUUACUGAAGAUGUCGCAUGACCACAGUGGGGUAAACGCUAAAAGCUAUCGUUCUUAGGCUCUCUAUCAGUCUGGGAUGGCUACAGUUUAAGUGGUUAGUGUUCUUCACUAAACUACCCUUUAAAGGCGAACAAAAGAAUUUCUUAUUUUACGUGCUCUCAUUUUGCCCCAGUUUGAGUUCUUUUUUGUACCAUUUGAUUUGCUUAAUGAAUACUCCACGUGCAUCAUGGGAAAGCUCAUUACCUGGGCGGUAAUAUUUCAUGUGGAGCUUAAGCCUGUGUGUUCUCACACUGAGGCCUAUUUAAUGUGCUGAAUGUGUUGUUCUCUAAAAGAACAGUCAUCAUUUCAAAUGGGAGAUGCCAAUGCAGUUCCCAUUAAAAUGCAAAAGUGACACAUGCAUGCACUAAAACUGCAUUUUCAGUCUUUUUCCUGCACAUCUCUGUGUUGUUUUUGUGAGAUUUGUGUCUUUAUUUGCAAAGAAAUCUAUCGUUGAGUGCAUCUGCUGACAUUGGUUCGCAUCACAGGAUAAAUCCUACUUUCCAAAAGCUCUUGGAACUUCCACUUCAUGACACACGGUGGUGCAUAAAAAUGCAUAAAAAUCUGUUUUCAAAAGUAGCCAUGUCCAACAAAAUGUAAACAGAGUAAAACAUUGAGCAGCCAACUGAGAUAGUUGGAUGCCACGCAACCAAAGAACCUGCCCAUCCACAAUAAACUGACCAAACAAAAGAUCUCAUUUUGAUUGGGGAGUAAAAAAAAGUUACAAAACUAUGAGGUGUGUACAGCUGGAAGUUGAGGUUGUGGAUAGCCUUUCUCUGUGUUAUAAAAUGAUUUUGUAAAGAAAAGAUCUUAAUAUAUAUAUGAAUCUAUUUGCUGUAAUCGCUAUGAGGAUUACUGUUCAUGUUAACCUCCGUGUGAUACAUUGUAAAUAGAGUCGUUGUGUUUUAUCCACAUGAUGAUGAAUGAAUAUGAUUUAGGUCAUGUCAUGCUUUCUCUCCGGUAUCCCACAGUGACUGUACGAUACUACUUUUUUACUGGAAAUGUUUCAACCUUAAUGUUUUUUGUAAAGGAGGAUGCUGAUAUUGACUAUAUCUCAUUGGAUCUUCAUCUAAUAAAAUAUCUGUAUG